ACCCUCCCGAGGCCCCCAGCUCCAUUCCAGACGCUGCUGCAGCUGCUCCGCCAGCCCUCUUAGUAGUCUUGCCUCGCAGCGCCUGCCGUGGUGCCCAGGAUGGUGAUCCGUGUGUACAUUGCAUCUUCUUCUGGCUCUACAGCGAUUAAGAAGAAACAGCAAGAUGUGCUUGGUUUCCUAGAAGCUAAUAAAAUAGGAUUUGAAGAAAAAGACAUUGCAGCCAAUGAAGAGAAUCGCAAGUGGAUGAGAGAAAAUGUGCCUGAAGAUAGUCGACCAGCCACAGGGUAUCCCCUGCCACCUCAGAUUUUCAAUGAAAGCCAGUACCGUGGGGACUAUGAUGCCUUCUUUGAAGCCAGGGAAAACAAUGCAGUUUAUGCCUUUUUAGGCUUGACAGCACCACCUGGGUCAAAGGAAGCAGAAGCCCAGGCAAAGCAGCAAGAGUGAACAUUAAAGAUUUGUCUUUCAGCGUCUUGAAAAAUGUAUCUUCAUUGCUUUUAUAAAAUAGCAAAAUUAUCUUGGCUUCAAAAUGGGUUUAAUGUUAAAAUAAUAGAUUAGUUGGUGUUCUUGCAUGCAAACAAUCAAAAUAAAUACAUAAUAAAAAUGUGAACAUUAUAGUGAAGAGAAUGGGAAGUGAACUUAAAAUUUUAAGCAGAUACUGAAUAGUAUUGUUACCUCCCAAGUCAUUUUAUGUGCUUUUAAGGAUUUUACAGAGAAAAUACCCCUCUUUUUGAUAUUAUUAUUUCAGCUUCAGCAUAUCUAUAGCCCAGCAUUGCAGAAUUUAAAGGGUAGAGAGACAGAGAGAGAAAAAAGGAGAGAGAAAGUUCAAAGACUCAUUCUAAAAUUGCCUCAUUAAAUAACUUUAGUGAAUGUGAAUGUGUACCUUUUAGGUGUGAUGUUACUGUUACUAAAAUGUACUUGCAGGUAAUGUGUAUGAUAUACUGAACAUUUUAAUUUCCUAUGGUAAUUAUAACAUUCCCAUUUUUUUGUAGAAGAUAUAUAUGUGUACUGAACAACAAAUUUUCUAGUCUUCUAAAUAUAGCUCUUCAUUUCAUAUUCAAUGAUCAGACUAGAAGACUUUUCAACAAACAAAUGCAUUCCAUUGACAGAUUCCUUCUUCAACUACUCAGCUAUGACAUAGUCGUGUUUCUAAUUUUCUUACCUUUGUGACAUGUGUAAGUUAUGAAAUUAGGAUGGCAGUAAAGUUGAAAAUGGUCCAUUGCCAGGAGCUCAGACUUUAUUAUACAGUGCUUUGGCGUUUAUUGCCAGAAAUUUGUUUUCAAUAUGAGAUGUUAAUAUCUCACCCCCUUUAAUGAAACUCUGAAUUAUAAGUACUUCCUUUUCCUGAUAUAUAAUCAUUUUGUUGGGAUUAAGCCACAGAUUGUAUGAGCAUAUUCAUCCAAGAAGAAAGAAUCUUCAUUUGUCCUCCAUUUCAUUAAAAAGCACAAGUCAGAAACAAAGGGAUAACUGUUGGAAUACUUUUGAAAAAGGAUAAGAAACUAUGACCCAAAUCACUUGCCACAGAUAUUGUAGUUUAGUUUCAUGCUAUUUUUAAAAACAAACACCUUUUACUUUAAAUUACUUUAUCAUUCCUGUUUGCAAGACUAUACUCUGCCAAAUUCAACAUAUGAUGAAGCCAUGUCUUUGUUUAUUGAGAUUCAAACUUGAUGCAAUGCUUUCAAAUAAACUAUUUUUAGAAACAUAA